AUGUCUACAAACACUCCCUCUGGUUCACAGCACACCAGCAAAAAGUCCCACAAAAACCCUCGCAAAGACCCCUUUAUCAUCGUAACACCCAGAGAGGCUAGCGGCAGACAUGUCGAUCUCUCGUCGCGUCGCGUCGCGGCCCAAAUCUACCUCGACCACCUUCGGCCCACUGCACAUCAACGCUCCCAAAUUGAAGAUUUAUACGAAGCGGGCCACGCGUUCGAGCACCUGUAUCGCUGUUUGGACCAGGAAGACCAGCUGAGCGCUGCAGCUCUCCUUGCCUCGUUGGGAUUGGACACGGACACGCGUGAAUCUGUAGCGAACCGCUGGCAUACACGAUGGAGCCAGCCUAGCGGUCAGAAUGCAGAAAAGACGUGGAGAGUGUUAUAUCAGUGUGCGUGCGGGUACAACCACGCCGCCGCAGGAACAAAGAAUCGAAAGAACCCACUUCCUUUCACCGAAUGUCCUGCACACGUUGAACUCACGUACGUUCCGGAGACACAGAAGAUCCUUCGCAUUCGAGGCCUGGUACAACACAAUGAGGCGUGUCUAUCCGCUGAGUACGCUUCACUCCCCACUCGACCUCUUCAUCCGUCUGUCUUUGCGGUCGCUCUCCGGCAGCUUGGUGAAGGAGUCAAUCUGGAUGGCAUAAUGGAGAAGAACAAGGCCAUGUUCCGUCAGUGCUUAUACCCCGAACAGCCCACUGAUCUGCGGAAGAGUGGGUCCGCUUACCGCUGGCUCAUUAAGCGGCAUGAUACACGUUCCCUGUAUCGUCAGUAUAAUCGCCUUCAUGGCGUGAACGUUACGGAAGCGGCCCAUAUCAACGUAGACGAGUGGUUGGACAAAGACUCACCCCGCUAUAACGCCGAAAUCGCCGCCGCUGUGUUCCACUAUUCGGCUCGGGCACAGGUGGGAGACCGGUUCGAAGUCUGUAUUGCAACGAAGGCAAUGAAGGAGGCGGCGUGGGCGCACGGGCACAAGAGUCAAAUUAUGCUGGAUGGGACAUUCGGAGUCAGCGAGAAGAAACUACUUCUCUUUAUUCUCAUGGGCUUGGAUGAGAAGCGAAGAGGCGAACCUUUGGCUUUAUUUCUGUUCUCCGCUCCAUCCGGUAAUCGCCACACAGCCGCUGGCUACAACACGGAGAUCCUCGCGAAGCUUCUGUCGCAGUGGCGCGAUACUCUCGGAAAGCGUGAUGGCGAGGCAUUCAUUCCAGCGGUCGCCAUCACCGAUACAGAUCUCAUGGAGCGAAAUGCUCUCGCGCGCGUCUUUCCGAGCAUUUGGCUUUUAAUCUGCAAAUUUCACCUCCGUCAAUCGUGGCGAAACCAUCGAAACAAGCUGUUACGGGGGAAAUCACCUGUACACAUGUCAAUCAAGGCCCGGAUGGCACGAAUCGAAGCGGAACUCGUGCUGACAACGGACUUUGGCCAAGCGAAGGAGUUACUGGCGAAGGAGAGGGCUUUCCUAGAGGGGAUGGAACAGGACCAUCCGUCAGUGGCAAAGAACGGGCUGGACCAUCUUGCAUACCUUGGCGAAGGUUAUUGGAUGAGGGACGAAGCACUGUGGAGAAGUUGGUCCGAAUAUGGUCGCCGUUGGGCAGCCAUUCUGCUCCAAUGCGAGAUCGAGGGAGUACUCACCACGACGAACCAUCUCGAGUCGUUCAACGGUAUUCUCAAGCGUCGACAUCUCCGUCGUUGGCAGCGUGGUAACCGCCGCCUCCGGAUCGACAUCCUAAUCAAGCUAUUGAUUCAGAAAAUCUUACCCGCCAUCUUCGAGCAGCGCACUCUCGAAAGAGAAGAGGACGAGCGAUGGGACCAUCUAUUGCUCUCGCUUCCUGGGGGCGCUGCUCUUGUGAAAGGCCUUCGCGAUAAGUCGCGCGCAGCGUCUCUACCUCCCGUCGCAUAUCUAGCCACAGACGAAACUCGUCAGCAAUCAGCAAUCGACCUUCUCCAGCGCAAUCAGAUCAGUCAACCCACAUAUGAAGAACACACUCAUACCUUCCUCUUCUCUUGCUACUCUACAUAUGCCACCAUAUACGACCGAAACCCAUCCUUAUACUCCAUCACCCUCUCUCUCGAUGGAUCCGCAUCGUGCUCGUGUCCGGACUUCGCCCGCAUUGGAGGAGCAUGUAAACAUCUCCGCGCAGCGAUACUUCGGCUGGAUGCUUUCCGCGCUACACAUCCGCACACACCUAUUAUCAGACUACCGGCAUCCGAGGAAGAAGCGCGAGCGCGCCAAGCCACGAACCUUACGAACACAUUCAAGAGUUCUUCAGCACGCAUGGCCCAUGAGACCUCUCCCGCCGAUCCAGUAUCCCAUAGUCGCGGUGUGGCUGCUUCGGUGAUUGAUGCAACAGUCCAAGAAGCGAAUGACACCCUUUUUGAGGAGGUGGAAGGAGGCGAGGAUGGCGCUGAGGAAGAGGACGAUGUGGAAAGUGAUAUGGAGAGCGUGGCAACGGACGCUGGGGAGGAGGACGAGUUUUUGUUCACGGCGCUCGACGAGCAUGGGAAUGCUCGUCGGGCCAUCGAACAACAGACGCUGGCCCGCGUUCUAUUCGAUCUCACGAGUGUGGCGCCGAAGCUUGGUCAGUUGGGCGGCUACUUGAAGGAGUUAGGAGGGGCACUCUCACCGGACGACAUGCAGAAAGCCGCGGAUGCUCGAGAACACAUCAGAGUGCUUACCGACCAGCUGGAUAGGCUCAUGAAGAUUGACAACAGUGACGUCGGGUCCGGAGCCUCAGCCUCAGCCUCAGCAUUACCAGCAAAGCCUGUUCAGAGCACGCCGGUAUUCCCUCUCGCAAAGGAGACCCAGAGUAUGACUAGCAGCAGUACAGAGGGUUGCCACAGUGGCCCAAAGCUGUCCAACACGGAACGACUUCGGCUCAAACGCGCCGCAUUAGAGCCCCCAUCACCGGAGAAGGGAGCCACGAAGAGGCACCAGUCGUAUUCAAAGGAUUAG